AUGGGAACCUUACAUUCCUGCAUCAAAGAGGCAAUAAGAAUGCAUUCUCCAUCAGCAAUGGUAAUGCGCCACGUGAAGAAGAACUUCACUGUACAAACAAGAGAAGGCUACAGCUAUGAAAUUCCAGAAGGGCAUACCGUAGCUACCUCCAUAGUGGUUGGCAACCAGCUACCACAUAUUUAUAAAGACCCUCAUGUAUAUGACCCGUACCGUUUUGGUCCAGGGAGAGAGGAGGACAAAGCUGGCGGCAAGUUUGCAUUCACAUCAUUUGGUGGUGGGAGGCAUGCUUGCUUCGGGGAGGAAUAUUCUUACAUGCAAAUUAAAGUGAUAUGGAGUUUUUUGCUGAGGAACUUUGAGCUCAAAAUGAUUUCGCCUUUUCCAGAGGAAGAAAUUGAUAAAUUCAUACCAGGGCCUAAAGGAAGAGUGAUGGUCAGUUACAAGAGGCGACUUCUUGUCAGUACCUAG